UUGUGAUCGGGGACGCGCGUGAGAGAGGUGCGCGCUCCCCCCAUUCGCCCCCGCGUGCGCGCUCCUGUCGGUCGGUGUGAGGUGAGAGGCGGCGGCUGUAUAAGAAUCGGCGCCCCCCUCUCCGCACCGUACACACCCCCUUCCUAUACCGAGAGGAAUCCCGGAUCAUCCCCUCCCCCCCCCCUACAACUACCAGGAGAGGGGGGCGGCCGGGGACCCCCGACACCAAGCCGAAUUUAUAAAGAAUUGUCUCCUCUACAAUCGUGUGCACAUUUGAACCGCGAAGCUGAGGAAAAUGGCUACAGACUCGGCAGAGCCAGCUACCGACGAAUCUGAUAAACCAGCUGGAUUUUCUGCAGAGAAGAACUUGGCCCCUCAGGACUCUUCCUUGGCCAGACAGGCAAGCGUGGAGAGCGCAGACAUGCCCAGUUCCGCUUCAGGCACUAGCGAGAGAAAAAGAUUCUUUAGGAAGAGCGUGGACAUUACCGAGGACGAUAGGAUGUUGGAGCAGCCCCUCAAAGAGGAGGAGAAGGUCCCUUCCGUCGUUGGCCAGCAGCAGUUGGUGGAUGGUCAUGUAUCGAACGCUACGGACUUGGUGCAAGAAGGCAAGAGCGAAUCCAAAAUGGCGUCGGAGGCCAGUAAAGACCCCCCCAGAGAAAAGACUGAAAAAGAAAUGGAGGAGGAGGCCGAGAUGAAAGCGGUGGCAACGUCGCCCAGCGGACGCUUUUUGAAAUUUGACAUCGAGUUAGGCCGAGGGGCCUUCAAAACGGUUUUCAAGGGCCUGGACACGGAGACCUGGGUCGAAGUCGCGUGGUGCGAGCUGCAGGAUCGAAAACUAACCAAAGCAGAGCAGCAACGAUUUAAAGAAGAGGCAGAGAUGUUAAAGGGGCUUCAGCAUCCCAACAUUGUGCGGUUCUAUGAUUCCUGGGAGUCCACAUUGAAGGGAAAGAAAUGCAUAGUCCUGGUGACGGAACUCAUGACGUCUGGCACUUUAAAAACUUACUUGAAACGUUUCAAGGUAAUGAAGCCCAAAGUAUUAAGAAGUUGGUGUAGACAAAUUUUGAAAGGGCUUCAGUUCCUCCACACUCGGACUCCACCGAUUAUCCAUCGUGAUCUAAAAUGUGACAACAUCUUUAUUACCGGGCCCACUGGCUCCGUGAAGAUCGGAGACCUCGGUCUGGCCACUUUGAUGCGGACGUCUUUCGCAAAGAGCGUGAUUGGAACGCCAGAAUUCAUGGCCCCAGAAAUGUAUGAGGAGCAUUACGACGAGUCUGUGGAUGUCUAUGCAUUUGGCAUGUGCAUGCUGGAAAUGGCUACCUCAGAAUACCCAUACUCUGAAUGCCAGAAUGCCGCUCAGAUCUACCGCAAAGUAACCAGCGGUAUUAAACCUGCCAGUUUUAACAAAGUGACGGAUCCGGAGGUAAAGGAAAUUAUAGAGAGCUGUAUUCGGCAGAAUAAGACGGAAAGGUUGUCUAUCAAGGAACUCUUAAACCAUGCCUUUUUUGCUGAAGACACCGGGCUGCGGGUAGAACUGGCAGAGGAAGAUGACGGCAUAAACGCCUCUUUAGCUUUGAGACUCUGGGUGGAAGAUCCCAAAAAACUCAAAGGGAAACAUAAAGACAAUGAAGCGAUAGAGUUCAGCUUUAACUUGGAUCUCGACAAUCCAGAAGAAGUGGCUUUUGAAAUGGUAAAAUCUGGAUUUUUCAAUGAAAGUGACAGUAAAGCUGUGGCCAAAUCCAUACGGGAUCGAGUAUGCUUAUUAAAGAAGACAAGGGAAAGGAAGUUGCUAACGGGACAGUUAGAAGAACGCCGAGAUUCACAGAGCAGGUCUUCUGGGGCCCCCUCUCUCCAGUCCGGCACCUCCGUUACUGCCAGCUUUACACAGCCAGGCAUUAAUGAAAGUGAAGAGACGGAGGUGGAUCAACAUGUACGCCAGCAACUGCAGCAACAGCAGUGUCAGCAGUGCUCCUCAGUCACAGCUGAUAGCAUGUCUGAUGCAGGAACAAGUUCCGUUACCCUGUCCGAUACUUCCAGUCAGCACAGUGCCAUCUAUGCGGCUUCCCAUGAUGUGAUAAGCACACAGCAAGUCCCUGGUAUGCCACAAACAGAAAGCAGCCAUAUGGGGCAGUUCUAUCCACCACAACAAGUCAUGGGACACUAUCAGCAGACACAGUCGAUACCCUUGGCACAGAUGUUACCGAUGCAGUGCUUGGCUCAACCAAAUUCUCCAUACCAACAAGUAACAAUGGUGGAAGGACAACUUACUGCACAGUCAAUGGAUGCACAGUUGUCAUUUUCGGCAGAAGGGAAAACUCUUCCACAUCCAAACGCAGUUGACGCUUCAGCGAUGCCGGUGCUCCAGCCUCCAUAUUCUGCGCUGUCCCCUCAAAUAAUAUCUGGACAGAUGGCAACUCAGCAGACAAGGGUUGACAAUUGUGGCCUAGCAGGGGUACAAGUGCUUUCUGCCCCCCCUGGUGAUAAUCAAGUUCCAACACUAAUGUACGGCGUACAGAAUGUGAUGGGAGUCCAGACUAAUGCUCAGAUGUCUACUCUACAGCAACUGCCUCUACAAGAUUCUAUGAAGUUCCCGACAAAUGUACAGCACGGGCAGAAUUAUCACAUGCAUGCAUACCUGGAGCAGAAUCCAAUGCCUCAGCCUUCUUACCAGUCUCCACCUGCACAGCAGCAAAUUGUAUUACAGCCAGCAGUGGCUGAACAGUCGCCUCAGAUGAUAUACCCAGCUGCUGUUACGCAGGAAGCCAUUACACAGCAAGUACGCAUGGAGCAGCAGUAUGAGAUGGAGCAUUUGUCAUUCAAUGCUCAGACGUCGGCGGUCCCUGAAACAGCAGGGCAGAUGCAGCAAACACUGACUGUGCAUGAACAGCUUCCUUACAUCCAGCCCCCUGUGCCACAGGUUCCUGUCCAGCGGUCUUCUGAACUGGAGAAGUCAGCCUGUCCCUCACAGAUGGUUAAUGCCUCCAUUUUAGAGCAGCCAGUUUUAUCUCGGCCUUUAGCGGUUUCUUCAGAGCAAAUGCUUUCCCAGCCUAAUGUAAUGCAGAAUCCUGCAGAACCUCUUUAUAUACAAAUCCCUCCUAUGGAUCCAUAUAGACAGCAGCCCUUAGCUCCUGACCAUGCUCUGUGCAUGCAGACGGCUAUUGCUUCUUCUGCUGUGCUACCUGAACAGCUAAUGUACAGUCAGCAAAUCCUGCAGCCUUCUGACCAGCCGUGUUAUCUGCAGCAAACGAUACCCAUUUCUGAACAGCUGAAGAACACCCAACAGGAUAGAGUAGAUCAUAUUAUGUACCCUAGGCAAGCCACUCUGCCAGCUGAGCAACCAGUUUACCCACAGCACUCUUUAUUGGCUGAAAAGCCUGGGUAUCCACCACAAGCUGCAUCAGCUGAACUGCAUGCAUAUGUUCAGCAAACAAUGCCAGUUGAAAAACAAUUUGUACAGCCAGCUGAGCAGGCCAUAUGCCCACAGCUGACAAAACAUUCAUCUGAGCAGCCUAUUUAUGCCCAGCAACCUGUACCGUCAUCUGAAAAGAUAGGGUAUGGUCAGCAAGCUAUGCCAUCUGCUGAAGUUUUGCAGCAUGCUAAACCUGCAGCGCCCUGUGAGCAAGCAAAGUAUAUCCAGCAGGUUGUUCCUCCAGCUAACCAGAUGGGAUAUGCUCAGCCGAUGCCACAGUCAGUUGAACAGUUGGUGUUUUCACAGCAGGGUAUACCACAAGUAGAUAAAGCAUUGUAUGCCCAGCACAGUGUGCCUCCAUCUGAGCUGCAGCCAGUGUGUUCACAGCAAGUCCUCACCGUUUCUGAACAGCAGCAAGGGAUGCAACUACCUGAGCACCAAGCUAUGCCGGUGUGUGGGCAGGCACCAGUAUACGGUCAACAAGUCCUUCCACCGCCUGAACUGCAGCCUGUGUACACCCAGCAUGGAGUCUCCCAACCUGAGCAGGCAGCUGUCUUCUCCCAACAUGGAGUGCUGCAGCAUGAACAGCAGCCAGUCUAUGUCCAAUCUUCUGUGCUGCCACAUGAACAGCCCGUUUAUACUGUAACUGCAGUACCUCUGCCAGAGCAGCCCAUGCAUCCUCAGCAUAGAAAGCCACCACCAGAGAAUUUGGUGUAUAGCCAGCAUGUCCCGCAACAGACUGACCAACAGAUCUUAUAUGCCCAACAAAUGUAUGCACAGCAUGGAGUGAUAGGAUCUGAAAAGCCUGUUUUUACGCAACAUGCGGUAACACAGAUGGACCAGCCUGUAUAUGCUCAGCAUGCUGUGCCGCCAAUGGAGCAGCAGCAGCCUAUGUAUUCACAGCAGAUUGUCCCGCCGCUGGAGCAACCUAUGUAUGUCCAACAUUCUGUGCCAUCAUCUGAGCAGAGUGUCUUUAUAGCGCAUGCUGUACAACCAAGUGACCAGUUAGGAUAUCAGCAACACGUACAGAAAACCGAUCAACCCAUUGGCGUAUUACAGGGCCAACCAAUAAAUAUACAAAAUGCCCCUAAUGAUCAAUUUCUAUAUGCCCGCGAAGCAGCUUUACCCAGUGAGCAGAAAUACAACCAACAGGCUGUAGCACCACCUGUCCAGCCAACUCAUGUGCCCCAAACUCAGCUAGUUUGUAACCAACAAGUACCUCCUACAGCUGAACAGCAGGCCUAUACCCAGUCAGCAACUCAUCACAUGCAAGCCAACACACAUUUGAUGGCUGCAACUGAUCAGAUUCCUCUUUCCCAGCAUGGAGUACCUUUGGCUGAACAGCAAGCACAUCUACAAAGAACAUUAUCUCCACAGCCAAUGUUUGUUCCUCAACCAGCCUCUCUGGCUGAACAUGUAUACAUCCAACAGGCUGCUCCUUCUGUCGAUCAACAGCUGUAUGCACGUCAAGCAGCUCUCCAGUCAAAUCAAUCGCUUUACAUGUCCCAGCCAAUGACAGCCACACAUCAGCCAUUGUAUGCCCCAGUGCAGCAUGUUCCUGCUGCGGAACACCCAGUCAUGUACAGCCAUGGAGUUCCUGCAUCUGUUCAUGGUCAUUUGCCUCCUUCAGAUAGACUUGCAUAUGUUCACAACGCAAUACCCUCCUCGGAGCAGUUGGCUUAUGGACUUAAUCCUAUAUCGUCUGCAGAGAAAACAAAUUAUGCCCAGGCCAGUGAUCAGGCAGCCAAUCUGCACUUACAGAAAACAAUGACACCACCACAAGAGCACAGGGCAGACCUUCAAGCUGAGAGCCAUGUACAUCAUGCUCAACAGUCUGUUCAGUCUUUGGAUCAACAAACCAUGUUGAGGCAGCCAGAGACAGAACAAAAUGCUCAGACAGAUCCCAGUCAAGUAUCUCUUUCUUCUUCUUUAGGAUCACAGCACUCUAAUCAGGUUUUUGUGCCUCCCGUAGGGCCGACUCAGCAUUUUCCUGUUGCAGCUCCUCAUGUGCAACCAUUAACUUGUGUUCCUCCUUCUGAGCAUGGUCAGACAAGUCAGCUCUUAACUCUUCAACAGCCACACAAUGACCUUCAAAGUGGCCUGCAUGUCAAUGCACCCCUUGCUACUCAAGAAUCACUCAUUCAAGCCACCUAUAAUCAGCACCCCCCUGUACAAGCAUGUGAACCACAAGCGCCAGAAGGGUUGGAUUAUAUGGCCAUGUCUCAUAGUCAGGCUGUGACAGCUCAGAUGUCAUUUCAGAGUCAAGUGCCCCCUGUGUCAUUAGAGCAGCCGGCAACGGGGCCAGUGUUACAGCCCCAAACAAGUCUUCAUGUGGACAUCAAUGACUCGCCUCAGUCAGUUGGUUAUCCUAAACCUGUAGGCUCCGCUCCAAUUGGGUUGACGACAGAGGCACCUCUCCUUAAUGCUCACCAAGUUCUUACCCCCGCUUUGCAGGCCCAAGGCCAACUGCUGCAGACCGUUCCAGAGUCACAAACAGUACAAGGGAUGGAACAGUCAGGUGUUCAGAGAUUGGAAACCAUUAAUAGUGGCUAUGUUGAUGUCGGCAGUGUUGAUUCCCCGGUGGGAAAUGGCAAGCAUGAAAAGCUGAAGCAACGCAGGACUUCCUGCCCUCGCCCUGAUAAGAUGAAUCGGUUUAACUUGUGUUUCUUAGGGGUUUCUAAAUUUGGAGAUAAUAUGGUGGAAUGCCAGUUAGAGACUCAUAACAACAAGAUGGUCACUUUUAAGUUUGAUGCCGAUGGGGAUGCUCCAGAGGACAUUGCUCUUUACAUGGUUGAAGAUGACUUUGUGCUAGAACCAGAAAAGGAUAAAUUUGUGGAGGAACUGAAGCUAAUCGUUACCCAAGCCCAGGAGAUCCUGCGCACCGUUCCAGCUGUGGGAAGAAGUGAAUUCACCUCAACAGAAUUCGGCAGCCAAGCAGGGUCAUCUGAACAUGCUCAGAUAGCUAUCCAAGCCUCUGCUCAGUCAGGAGGAGAGUCAGUCCUGCAGUCCUCACCAGUUGGUCGAUGGAGAUUUUUCAUUAACCAAACAAUUAGAAAUCGAGAAGCUCAGUCUCCAGUUACUAAAGUUCCUCAACAAGCUACAGGUGCGUGUGUGCAUAAUCUCAUUCCAGACAUGGAUACAUUUGUUGGGCUUGAAGCUGUCAGACAUUUUUUGGAUCUUUCCUCUGAUCUGGUAUCCUUGCAGAAGGACUUUCUGAUGGAACUCUUGGAGUAUACGGCAGAUCAUAACUAUUUCUGGUUUGAUCAUAACUACUAUAAACAGAUUCGUGGAGUCGCCAUGGGCGCUAAACAUGCGCCAAGUCUGGCUAAUCUGUUCAUGGCCAAAUGGGAGGAGGACGUCAUUUAUGGUGAUACCCAUCCUCACAUUAAGUUGUGGGCCAGGAAUUCUUUUAUUCCUAAGGGAAGCUGUCAUCAUGAUAAUUGGCUAAAUUCAGUUCCAAAGAGCCAGUUUGUAAGGAUGAGGAGGAAUUGCUCUACCCUGAAGGACUAUGAAAUACAGGCUGGCAUCCUUAAGGAUAGACUGUUGGAGAAGGGUUAUGACCCCGAAGCUUUGGAGAGUACCUAUAAUGAGGUGGCCGCAAUUGAAAGGAAGACUUUGCUUAUAUUUCUACGUUUAAAUUAUUUUUUUAUUUUCAUUUUUCUGCAGGUUGUUAGUGUCCCACAACAAGAGCAACGCGCUACUAAUGAACCUGCCAGUGUCCCACCCACAUCCCUGCAAACACAGAGCCCCAUCCCUUUCGAAGAGACGGGAUCUGUUGGUACCAAAGCUGAGGAGACGCCGCAGUCGGCUAGCACGGUCUUUGAGACCGAUAACUCUUCUCUAACUCCUGACGGGGAGCUAGAAGAGACCUCUGCAACUGGCAGCAGUGCUCAGUCUAGGCCGACAAUGUGGAUGGAUGGCAAGACGGAGAGUAACUUUCCAAAGCAGCCAAGUAGCGAUUCUGAAAUGUCUGCAGCUCCAAGCAAAGACCAGGACCGAGAGGCUGGAGAAAACUCUAAUGGGGACAAGGUGUUUACCCCAAAGCAAAAUGCCCAGCUCUACUCUCCGUCAUCUCCCAUGAGCAGCGAUGAUGAGUCUGAACUAGAAGAUGAGGAGCUGAAGGUGGAGCUGCACAAAUUGCGAGAGAAGCACAUUCAAGAGGUUGUAACUUUACAGGCCCAGCAGAACCGAGAACUCCAGGAAGUAUACAUCCGCUUACGUUCUUUAAGAGAGAACAAAGGGCAGGUCUCCGAUGCUUCCUCCCAGCAAAUGUCCCCACGUCGUCCCAGGUCACUGAAAAGCAAGCAGCGGAGCAGGACCCAUUCUUUCACACACAUGGACAAUGGCAUUUUACAUUCAGACCAGCAGUGCAUAGAGAACAAUUCUGAUGCUGGUCAGCAGUCUGUUACGGAGAAGAAGAGCAUGUUCACAGAUGAAUUGCACAAAUUAGUGGAUGACUGGGCCAAGGAGAAUGCAGGCAACUCCCUUCAAAAACCCAGUCUAAAUCAGAUCAAACAGAACCAGAACCGCUCGGAGCCAGACAGCUGGAAUCGGGUUCAUGAGAAUUCAUCACCUGCCCCUGGCUUCACAUCGACCUGGAUGCCCACGAUAUCUCAGAUCCACGGGAAUGUUCCUGCUGCUAUUUCUCCAUCUCUUGGACUCCCCAACUUUCCCACAGGAGGAAUUCAACCAUACCCCUGCCAGUUCAAUGCAAUCGGCAGCACUGGCUACUCAGUACAGUGGCCCAAUCAGACGCCAGGCCUUCCUGCACAGCAUCUUGCUGCAUACCAACCUGGAAUUGGGAUGCAAGCAUUUCCCUCUAAUACACCCCAGAAAGCUGCUACAAUACCAACAUCCCCCAAAUGAAUCCCACGAAAGACUUUGGACUGUUCUCUGGGAUUCAUACCCACCAUGCACCCAUGCUCCCUUGGUUUAGUGGUUUUUAGCCUACCUGAUUGAGGAAUGGCUGUAAAGCAGAGGGGGUAUGCUGUAAUUUUCUCCUCUGUCUUGGGGAUGUUUUCUUUUUUUUCUUUUUUCCAGUAAGUGCUGUGUUGUGUGAUUUGGAUUUAUAAGUAGCCAAUCUGCUACGUCUAGUCACUCUACAAUGUUGUUCACUUUUUACAUUUGUUGUGGAUGAAAAAAUUCCUGGUGCCAUACUGGUUUAUGAAUGUUUUCCAGCCUAAAACAGAAGCUGCAGCCAAUCCAGUUAUUGGGUGAAAUGUUAAAGGGGGAUAAUUCACGUGACUGCGUUCUCCAAACAGCACCCCCUCCCCCCGGCCUUUUGUACAGGGUUGCAUACAGCACAACCGUAUCUUGUCUUUUUACUGGAAAAUUUCAUUAUGGCUUCACAGUCUUUUAUUCCUGUGUUUUGGUAAUUGGUGCAAAAAAAGUUUUCCCCAGACACCUAUUUUCUGUUCUUCGUCAUUUUGUAAGAUAGAAAGUUUGCUGAUGGUACACGAUUAUGCCUUUUUUUUUUUUUUUUUUUUUUUAUUAUUCCACAAAGAGAACAUGACUCCAUUGUGGACUGUUCUAAAGCAGUGAUAUCUUUUCACCAGCUAAAAGAAAAAAAUGUGAAUGGUUUAUGCUGUUGUACGACUUUGUUUAGUGGCCUCUUCCACAAUGGUUAACAAACAAAAAAAAACAAAACUGGCUGUUUAUAUGCUUUAUUUUUUAUUUUUUUUCAUUGCCUUUUCACCAGUGACUUGGGUUUUGCUGUCCCUGAAAAUGGGGGGGCUGUUUUGAUUUGAUCAGCUCUUUGUAAGGCCUUGCUUUGUUGUACAAUUUUUACGACUUCUCCAGCUUGCAUGUGCUACCCCCCCAGUACCUGUAAAAACAAAGAGGCCUUUUAGUUUUUCUGUCUUUAGCACAACUGCUGCUUCUGCUUUGCCUGCAGACUUCUUGCUGUGCCUUUUUGGGGGAUAUUUUUGCCAUCUCUGAAUAAAUAACCUGUCAGAUUGUCUUUCUGUGCUUAGACACAGUGUAUGGGCUAAGGCAAUUUUACUUUAGCUAAUUGUAGUUAAUUUUUUUUUUUUUUUUUAUACUUGAAUUUUUUUUCUUUUUCUUCCCUUGUUUGACCCUUUUCUGCUUGUAUUCUUUUAAAUGAGGGCUAUUGUCAAUAUACACACAACUCUAUUACACAGAAUGCCAACUCUUAUGAAACCUGUCCUUUUUAAUUAACAUUUUUUUUAAAGCGACUCUCGCUCGAAAAUAUGUGUCCAAUAGAUGGCUGCCUGCAAAGAAGACAUGUUCAACUCGCCUGCGUCCAACCGGCUAAAGAACCUUUGUGUUUAUUUCCAGCCUGAAUCUAACUAGUCUUAAAGAUGUCCUCUUCUCCCUCCUAACACCUAUCCUGACCAACUUGUGUAAAAAAAAAAUGCAUAUACUUGCCUAUUCUCAGUCCGGUCUGGUCACAUGAUCACCUAUGUCAGCCAAUAGCGACCACAAGGGAGAGGAGAAAGCACGCUCAACAGUGGCUGGAAGCAGUGACUUCACCCAUAGGCUCCCAGCUCCCUUCUCUUUCCUGGUGCAGCCACUGGCUGAGACAGAGGAGCUGGAUCAUGUGACUGGAACAGGCUUUUUUUUUUUUUACACAGGUUAGUUAGCAUAGGUGUUCGGAAUGGGUGAGGCACAUUAAGACUGGUUUAGGUUCACUUUAAGAAUUUGACACUUCCUGGAGUGUCAAAUUCCUGUUUCCCCUUUGCCCGUCACAGUAGUGAUUUAGGGGCCAGUGGUUUGAACCACUGAGUGCAGCGGUGGACUAGGAAAUGAUCAGACCUUCUUCCAGUUUUUAAUCUCCUGAGUAGCGGGUGGUUUUUAUUUGCUACUGUAGAGAUUAGGCAGCUGAAGAGAUGAGUAUUGCUUCUCUUCUUUGCAGGGAGCCCUUUAAGGUACAGAUUUAGAUUUACAACCGAGUCCCUUCAAAGCAAACCUGUCUGGUUAGAAAUACAGCUGCCAUUGAUUGUUUUGUGUUUUUUUGGGGGAUUCAAGCUGUGGUAUUGUCAUCCCGAUACACUACCUGGAAAAAGUAUUCACCUAGUGGAGUGUUGGGCUACCACACGUUAUAAACACUAGUUUCCAGGUCAGCAACUUGCCAAGUUGUGUAACCGGGGGAAAAAGAUUACAGACACCAUUGCUACUACCUUGAGAAAAAAAAAAAAACACAUCGGCAAUUACAGCUGCUAUAUUUCUAUCCCUCUACCUCCCCCUGGGUCCUAGUAAGGGUUGUAUCACAUGAGUGCUAUUCAUGCCUGGGAUUUUUCCUAAUUAAAAAGUUGCGUUCAUGGGCCAUCUCUGGUUGGAAGCUAGUGGAAACAUUCUCUGCCCUUCUGACAUGCAUUGUUGGUAAUCCAAAAAAUUUCUGGAUCGGACAUGAAAAUCUGAGGACCUUGGCCUAAUUUAAUGUGGUAGCAAGAACAGUUUUAAACAGAUAUUUGCUCAAGAUAAAGAGGACCUCCAUUCCUACGACCGAAUCCAUGUUUCUGACCUUCUGUAGUAGAACAGAUGCUUUCCCGCUGCCAGUCUAAGCUAUACCUUUAUAAGUCUUUUUCUAAAUUUUUGUUUUGGUGGACUAUGUCAUAGGAGCACCAAUGCAACGCUUAUGAUUUAAAAAAUAAUCUGGUACAUUUAUGGUAAGUUAGACAAACCAAGCAGGGAGUACUUUGUUCUUGCUAAUCAGAAAAGAAACAGAGGUCCACUUUGGAGUAAAGUGGAAAUUCCCUUUAAACUAUAUUCUCCAUGCAUAUAGCUGUGGGAAUGUCAUCCUGAUUCUUGUUUCACUACCUAUAAGAAUCCAACUGGUGGAAUGUUUGGAUACACACGUAAAUAUUUGUUCCAAGUGGGCAAUUUACAAAGUUGUGAACCACAGAAAAGGAUGGCAGCCCCCAAAGUUGGCACCUUUAAGAACAAGUUGUAGCUGCCAUAUUUCUGCCCUUCUCAGUUCCUUGUAAGGUCCCAUUCCAAUGGGUGGCAUUCGGUACAUUUUGCAGAAUUUCACUUGUGAUAGCCAUGUCUGUA